AUGAUAUGUGGUAUAAGUGCCAAAUAUCGUAAGGAAAUGUUCAUUACGAAUCGCUUCAUGAUGGAUGAAGAUAAAUUUAACAACGCAAAGAUGUCAUCAAUAUUUGCAUUCAUAAAGCGACAUCGUAACAAAAUCCUGUUUGGUAGUGCGUUGGUCGGUGGUGCGUAUUUGAUACAUAAUACUGUUAAGAAUAUUUUAUUGGAGCAACAAGUGGCCGAAUCCAUCAACAAUGAUCCACUGCGAAUUCAGGCAAGACGUCAUUAUAUAUAUGAUACUAAUCAACGAGCUUGUGACAAGUCAAUAGUUGAAUUAGCUGAAUGCUUAAAGAAACGUAUCGCGUUGAGAUUCGAUGUUGAAAGUGCCAUCAGCAAGCUCAGAAAUGAACCAGAAUUGUCUGAAGACGAAAAACUUCUUCUUUGGAAUAAGAUUAAGGUAAUGGUGAUAGCGCGAAUAAUGGCUGUUGCGUAUUCAUUCUCAUUGUUGAGUGUCACUUUGAAGUGUCAGAUUUCAAUUCUUGCUUCGUAUAUUUGCGCGUCUUUUGAUCAUAACGAUGAUAGCAGUAGUUGGUGGUACAAAUAUAUGAGUAAUUAUUUUGGUUCAUUCACAAGUCACAAUACACAUUCUACGAUUAAUGCAAAUGCGCAGCAACUAUUCCUCAAAUGUGUUGAAGAACUUCUGAAUCGAAUCGAAUCGAUAUGUGAGGAUAAAUUGCAAAGAGUGAGUUUGAGACGAGAAUUCAGUUCGGAAACGUUGAGAGAAUUGCUCGAACAAAUCAAAUGUCGAUUGUACUCGAUCGAUACUCGUCACUUCUCGUAUAUUGUGGUGCCGAAAUUCGCGAAUCAAGUGUUUAGCGAACAUACCAAAUCGAAUGAUUUGCCGUUUGCUCGUGCUAUCCCAGUGAUGGCCGAUAGUUAUUCACGGAUUGCGUCAACUCGCUUCGAUUCACCCCUUCAGAACACCCUCUGUUCCACUGACCUUCAUCAACUGACCACCUAUGUGUUCUCGCUGCCGCCACCUCAAUCCGUGUCAAAUUUGGCCGUACAAUAG